AACCGGAGGCUAUCUCAUUCUCAUGAUCCUGAUUCCAGGGUUGAUUCCAUUCCAUAUCUGUAGCUUUCAUUCUUUGCGGUUUUUCUAGAGGGAUGCCGCUGGAAAAUGGGUACAUAGGAGGCAGUAUCUAUGGCGACCACGUGGAAAGGUCCAAUACUAUGUAUUUGCUUGGCGUGUCUCUUUCCUCACCCUUCCUGCUUCACCUCAUCUCUACCUGCUCUUUUUCUCUCCUCUCUUCCAAAGACGAGCCCUUUUCGUUCCGUUCCCUUGGGUUUCGUCCAUGGCAAUGCUAAACGUUUCUCCAGCUUCUUCUUUCAGGACCAUCUCUCCUAUUCUUCCAUACCCAUUCCCCAGUUGCUCAGCCUCACCCACAUUUUCUAGAAACCCCACCAAGACCUUGCCUUCUGCGUUGUUUCAAGCGAGGAGGAAAAGGGUUUUCCUCUCUCAAUCUUUUGCAGUGGGAAAGGAUCAUACUGAAUUUCAUGGUGGAGCUGAAGAGAUGGAAGAAUCUGGAGAGUCUACAGAGACUCUACUCUACUCCUUCAAUCCUCUGCCUUUGCUAGUUGUGGCUGCUCUUCCUGGAGCUGGGACUGUGGGGUCUCUCUUUGGACCUUUUGUUGAGUUAGUGAAGUCAUGGAGUCUCCCUGAUUGGCUUGUGCAUUGGGGUCAUCCUGGCAACAUGGCUGUUGUGCUCUUUGCCAUGGGUGGUUAUGGUACAUAUUUGGGUUUUCGUAUCCGCUAUUCAGAUGAUGUUGAGGAGAAAGCAAAGGCCAAGGACUUGCAUCCCAAGCUUCUUGGUGGGAUGUUUUUCUUCUUUGCUCUUGGUGCAACGGGUGGAAUUACAUCUCUCCUUACUUCAGACAAACCUAUUUUUGAGAGGUACACUAUAGUUUGUCUCAUAAUUCUCUUCUCCUACAACCAGAUACAUUUACUUAACUCCAUUUCUUCCUCUACAGUCCACAUGCAGUUACUGGUUUCAUUGGCCUUGCUCUCUUGACCAUACAAACAGUCUUA